GUUUUUUUCUUCCUUGCCGUAAAGUGCCGUAAAGCGGCGAGUUGCUUACGGCUUUGACUACAAACAAUCACUUUAGGUUUAUACACCUUUGUUUUUAAAAGUUAAAUUAAGUUUGAUGGUGACAGACAUCCUGUUCUUGGAUCUAUCUACUCAAGCAUUAAGAAGAGUAUGGCAGCUUCAUCAUCUUCCUCUUCAGCUGGUGGUGUUAGUGGAAGCUCAGUUACAGGAUCAGGUUUCAGCGCAUCUGAACUUCUUCCUCCUCGAAAGGUUCUACUUACAUAUCCUAAAGGAGCUGGGGAUAUGAUGGAAGAUGGCUCGGACAGGUUCUUAUGUGAGUCUGUAUUCAGUUUCCAGGUUGCGUCAACCCUAAAACAAGUUAAACACGAUCAACAAGUGUCCCGUAUGGAGAAACUGGCAAGUUUAGUAGAAGAACUGGAAGCUGAUGAAUGGAGAUAUAAACCUAUUGAACAGCUUUUAGGAUUUACUUCAUCAUAAGCCACACUUUUAAAUGUUAAGUUUAUUUUUUUAAUUUGUUUUUAUACUUGAAUGUGUAUCUUUUGAUUUUAUUUUGGUCAAAUGUCUGCCAUUGAGAGAUGGGAUGUUGUGUUUUCUUUAGGUUUAUAACUGUGCUAACUAGAGCUUUUAAUAAACAUUGUCAGGGUUUGUGUUUGCAUUUACGGCCCUCAGUGAUUUCAAAUACAAUAACCUGAUCUUUGAUACAGGAACAGAAUAAAUAGCACAUCAUACAAGAAGAGAAAACAAAGUCUAGGUUUAUUGAAACAUAAAGAAUAUAUUUGCAUUGGCAAUUAACUGUUCAUCAGUGUAUUUACUUACUCAAAAGGUGCUUUUGGGUGUCACACUUAAUUUUUUUUGACCUUUAAAUGUAAAAACUCAAAAAGGUUUUCAGUGCAUAUGUAAAGAGAAUUUUUUGAUUAAUAAGAAAAAGACUCAAAUGCAAAUUCCUUACCAUUUAAUCUAAAUAAGGGUAAGUUGCAUUAAAUAUAAAUUGGAGUGUCUGUUCUCCACUUGAAUGGAUUACUAGUUCAGGGAAUAGGUGGAUAACAGAUUUCCUAACAAACGAACUUAAAAGCAAAAAUCUGACAAUGAAAGGAAACGGUUUUUGCUAUAAGUAAUAGAUUAAUGUGAUGAUAAUAAUACUAAUGUACUGUAAUAUCAUUAAGUAAGAAAAUUUUAAUAACCGUGUUCCAUUAUGACAGAAUCCCUGACAAUUUAUAUAUUUAAAUGUUUAUAAAGCACAUAUUAGGAUUGGUUUCAGCACCUUUUGAGUCAUUUGGCCAAAACUGUGAUGUCAAUAUGUUGAAAUGGAUGAGUCACUUAUACAGGUUGAUCCUAUAUACCAUUAAAUAUUUUGUGGACAUUUUCAAAUGCUUUAAUAAAAGGAUAUUGAUAAGUGGAAAAAAAAUGCAAAUUAACAUAACUGUGUGACGGAUUUGUAAUUCAUUCAUUAUUUUAUUCUUCUUGUUAACAGCAGAGUCAACCAGAUGACAACACAUUUAACUAAUGUACAUUUGUAUUUAAUUUAUAUUGUGGAGAUUAAGAUCUUUUUCCCAUUUUAUAAUCUAAUGGUACAAUAAAAUAUCAUUAUAUGUUGG